AUGUCAAACGCGAGCACACGUGCGCACGUGGCCAGCACCGAGGCGACACCGCAGUCGUUGAUCCCUGCUGUCGAUCUCGAUCUCGAAAUUCGUCAAACCUCAACACCAGAAGACAGUGACAACGACAGCGACGCAUCCACCGGUUUUACGACCAAGAAAACCCGCAAACAGCUUCGCAAGCAAAAGGCAAAAGACAAGCGAGCGCAGGCUCUGAACGACCUUUCUGCAGCCGUCUCCCAACUCGCUAUUUCCCUGCAAGACACCAACGGAAUCCCAAUUGAGACCCACCAAUCGACAUUCCCUCAAAGCCGCAAGGAAAAACGCAAGCAGAAGAAAACUAAGCACGACUCCGCACUCCCCACCCCCAGCGGGACGGAUAGCGAAACCCCACCAACACCCCCGCGCAAAACACCACCCAACAACGCCUCGCAAAAGGCAAAUCCCAAUCCCUCAUCCAGUGCACUCGCCAUGGCGAAACCCGCCCUUCAAAAAAGCUACCCCCUCCUCGUAGCCUCCAUCGGAAACCCAGGCGCUACCUACUCCAACACGCUCCACUCCGCCGGCCACAUUGUAACCUCCGCCCUCUCAACCGCAAAGUCCUACGCGCCCUUCACAAAAGGUCUCUCAGGCCAAGUCUCGCGCCCGCCACCCACCCACCUUGCCUUCAGCUUCACAGGCUUCCGUCAUGUCCCCACCGAGCACGACGCCACUCAAGACUGGACAUUCUGGCAAUCCACGUCCCUGAUGAAUGUUAGCGGGACCGGGGUGAAGAAGGCGUACAACGAGUGGUUACGGGGAAUACGGCAGGCGUCUGGGUCUAAUACGUUGGAGGGGCGGUUGGUGGUUGUGCACGACGAGUUGGAGUCUGCACUAGGGAAGAUUACGAUUCGUGAUGGGGGUGUGAGUGCAAAGGGACAUAAUGGGAUUAAAAGCUGCCAGCAGCAGCUUGGGGGGAUCAAGUGGUGGCGUGUUGGUGUUGGGAUAGGAAGGCCUGAAAGUAGGGAUCCGAAUGUUGUUACAAUUUCUGUUGGCAUUUUCAAGGGCGUUUGGGAUGAUACCCCACGAGGCAUCAAGAGCGUAGCAAUGUAUGAAUAUGAAUUGGAUCUACUGUAA